UUUUUUCUCGGAAAAAUGACGAGCAACAUUUACAAUAGUGGAUUGGAAAGGGUGUGGGGUGUGGGUGUUGGUAUAAUUCUUCUCUUUCUCACACCCACACCCACGCCCUAGGCACUGACUUUGCUUGAAUUUUUUUAUUUAAAGAUUUAAGAUGUUCACUUACUUGUUCGUAAAAUUGUUUUCGAGAAUCAACUUCUGAUGUUGAAAAAGAUGUUACUGAUGCACUUAUGAUGUAAUUAUAUAUGUAAAAAUGAAUGUCUUGCUUUUUUUUAAAUAUUAUUUUUAACAAAUAGUUAAAUUUUUUUGCUCUAUUCCGAUUGAGAAAAAGAAUUAAUUAGUAAAUUCGUCUUUUCUCGCCUAUCUAUAAAGAAUUUAGUCUAAGUUUAAUUUUGCCUGUGACAUAUAUGUUAGCGUUCUAUCUGAAAUUAAACAAUAUUAACUCAGGUCAUAGUUAGAUUACGUUCAAUCUAGGUUUUACUCAGGUCAAUCUAACAAAAGAUGUAGACGUGAAUGUACUUAUUCUGUUCAUUAUAUAUUAGAGUUCUGUUGGACAACUCCAAAUGAAUAUCAAAAAAUUUCGUGUAUCUCAUCCUGUGCAACAAUCGAAUUUGCUUCGAAAAAUUUUGUUCACAGGAAUCUAUUUCAUGUCUAAAAUUCGGAUAUUAAUCAAUUUUUUUUUUACUUUUUUUCAAAGUUCACGAAUGAAUUUCAGCAAUUGAUACCUGCCGCUUGAGCUCAUGUUUUACUCUUUGGUAGGAAUCAUAGUGCAGAUAAAAACGCCUAGAAGAGUUCGAUUUAUUAGAUCUUUUAUCACGAAUUAUGAUCAUUUGACUGAAUUUUCAGCUUAUCACAGAUUAUUAUGAAAAAAACUGUAACAAGGAAUUUUCUUCUGAAAAUUUUCUCAAUAACAGAUCUCAUAAUUCGAAUUAUAUGUUGAAAGUUUCAGCUCAAAUGGAUGAUUUUUUUCUUAAGAUAUGGGAUACCUAAACAAUCGGACUGUUUUUAGAAAUUUUGUGAAAAAAUAAUAUUUCAUGCAAAUGUAUUAUCUCAAGAGAUAAGCAUUCGUUCAAGUCGAAACUUUCAGGAUAUAAUAAGGACUAGAAGGUAUGUUAUGGAGGAAAUUUUCAGGUGAAAAUUUCUCAUUGUAGGUUUUUUUUUCCAUAUCAUCUAUUGUUUUCUAUUCUAGUUUUCAUCCAAUAGAUAAGUUUCAUUGAAAGAAUUCUUUGAUAUAGAAUGAAAUAUACUAAAAUUCCUAAUCCAAAAUCGUUUAUAUUAAUCUGUCAAUAGUCGAUUAGUCUAGGCUAAUAUUUUAUAUUUAAAGAGAAAUCGACUGAUUAAUCGACCAACAAUACAUUAUGAAAGACAUUGUAUUGUAUUUGCUGGUGAUGUUGAUGAACUUUGAAUUGAAAGCAUGGCGUGUUACUUUUUUCUGAUAGAUUGUUUCAAUAAAAUUCUUUUUUUUUAUCUUCUCUAUUUUUAGAAUUCGUUUAUGAGUAAUAAUAAAUUAUUAACAUUAGCUAAUGGAGAACGUAUACGUUUACAAGAAUAUUAUUCAUUAUUAUUUGAAGUUGAUGAUUAUUGGAUUGAUCGAUUAAAUGAAAAAGAACAAUAA